CAAAGCGGAGCACGCCGGCGCAUGCGCAGUAGCGACGAGGGGUGACUGUAACAGAGUUGAACCGGUUUCUGUCAUAAUUCAGGAAUUUAACCUGCAGGACAGACAUUUUCUCUGAGAGGGCUCUCCAACCUCUUUAACUAGAUGCGUGGUCCUCCCUUAGACGUGGUUAUCUGUGCCGGGUUUGUUUAUGUUUAGUGCCCAGCAGUAGGCUGCCAGGUUAGCUGUGUUAGCUGUGUUAGCUGUCCUGGGCUCUGGGAGGAGAGAAACCAGUGUGGCAGCUGAACUGAAAACAGUCAGGAAACACUUAGAAACAAGACAGCGGAGACAGGCGCUGCUCCCGCGGCUCGGCUUAGUCCAGGAUGGAUCUAGAAGGCGACGGGAACCUGAAGGUGCUGACCAGCCCGGAGGACAUUGCUAAGCUCUAUCGGGAGCAAAGUCUGUUCCCCUCCCUCAGCCGCGCCGACGUGGGGCCAGUUAUCACUUCACAGUAUGGAGGAAAGUACAGCAACAUCUCCACAGAGUGGACUCAGCGGGAUCUGGAGAGAAACGAGAAUGUAAAGUUCUGCCGGCAGUACAUUGUAUUUCAUGAUGACAAGUCAAUAGUCUACUCGGGGCCCUCUGGAAACUGCACAGAAAUCAAGGGAGAGUUGCUGAGCAAAGAUUCUCCCUCUGGGGAUAUGAAGGCUGUUGUGAGGGCGUGCACUAUCAAAGGAGAGGAGAAACAGUUUCUUGAGAUCUGGCAUAAGAACAGUAAGAUAAAAAGCCUCAACCUUACUGCACUGAAGAAGCAUGGAAAGGUGUAUGAAGAUGAUCAGUUUGGCUGCCUAGUUUGGUCUCACUCUGAAACUCACCUCCUGUAUGUGGCGGAGAAGAAGCGGCCCAAAGCGGAGUCUUACUUCGAGUCAGGGUCUGAGCCCAGUUUGCUUGGCGAUGAGGAGGAGGCAGUGAAAGCUGAGAAGAAGGAAGAUACCGUCAAGGGUGACCAGUUUGUGUACUAUGAGGAUUGGGGAGAGGCUCUGGUCAGCAAGAGCACACCUGUGCUCUGUGUUUUGGACAUCGAGAGUAACAAUGUAUCUGUGCUAGAGGGCGUACCGGACAACAUCUCCCCAGGGCAGGCAUUCUGGGCACCUAAUGACACUGGUGUGGUAUUUGUAGGAUGGUGGCAUGAGCCAUUCAGACUGGGCCUGAAGAGCUGUCCCAAUAGGAGGUCUUCUCUGUUUUAUGUGGAUCUUACUGGUGGGAAAUGUGAACAGUUGUCGUCGGACUCCGCUGCAGUCUCCUCUCCUCGUCUGAGUCCAGACCUCUGCCGCAUUGUCUAUCUUGAGUGUGGAGUGUAUGGCCCACAUCAGCAAUGCAGCAAGCUGUGCAUGUAUGACUGGUAUACGAAGAAGACAUCAGUGGUAGUUGAUGUGGUCAGGAGAGCCAGUGAAGAUGGCUUUACUGGAAUCUACAGCUCCAUGCUGUCUCAUCAGUGCUGGUCAGCUGACAGCAAGCGAAUCCUUGUAUCCUGUGCUCAGCGAAGCCGCAAGGAUCUUCUGGUGGUUGAUACUUCUACAGGCCAAGUCACAUCUCUUACCUCUAAGUCUGACAUGGGAAGUUGGUGUCUGCUGACCAUUCAAAGGGACUUGAUGGUGGUCAGUUGUUCUUCUCCAAGCUGCCCUUCAAACCUGCGAGUAGCUUUCCUGCCAUCCAGUGGGUCGGAGAAUGAGGUUUCAUGGGUUACCCUAGAGGCAGCACAGACGCAGCCUGAAAUUGAUUGGCAGAUUCUCAGUUUCACUCCACCUUCUGAUGAGGACAACAGCCAGUACCCUGGUCUGGACUUUGAUGCCAUAUUGUUGAAACCAAAGCAAAUGAAAGAGGGGACAAAACUACCACUCAUCGUUAGCCCACACGGCGGACCUCAUUCUGUAGUAGUUGCCGAGUGGCUUUUGUCCCAAGCGGUUCUCUGCAAGAUGGGUUUUGGUGUCUUACAAGUCAAUUACAGAGGAUCUAUUGGCUACGGUCAGGACAGCAUCCUCUCCCUGCCUGGAAACGUCGGCACUCAAGAUGUGAAAGAUGUCCAGUUUGCUGUUGAGAGUGUUCUGGCGCAAGGUGACUUUAACAGAGAGAAAGUUGCAGUUACCGGGGGCUCCCAUGGUGGUUUCUUGGCCUGCCACCUAAUUGGCCAGUACCCAGACUUCUAUAAGGCGUGUGUUGCCCGGAAUCCAGUCAUCAACCUGGCAUCUAUGAUUGGCAGCACUGAUAUUCCUGAUUGGUGUGUGGUGGAAGCUGGAUUUGAUUACAGCACUAAUGCCCAGUUAAACCCCACUAUGCUGGAGCAAAUGUUAACCAAGUCACCCAUAAAACAUGUGACACAGGUAAAGACUCCUGUGCUGCUUACCUUGGGAGAAGAUGACAAGCGUGUGCCUAAUAAGCAAGGCAUCGAGUACUACAGGUCUCUGAAGGCCUUGCAAGUGCCAGUGAGGUUGUUGUGGUACCCAAACAAUAACCACUCUUUGUCCAAAGUCGAUGCAGAAUCGGAUGGAUUUAUGAACGUUGCUCUAUGGAUCAUCCAGCACCUCGCGCUAUGAUCAGUUGGGGGGAGUCAGGCUAUCAUGGGAUUACAUAUUUAAAAUACAAACACUAACUAGCUACAGACUUUCACACGUUUAAAGAUUGUCACCAGUGUUAUGAAUGAAGUGGUUUAAGUUCUACAUGUUAAACCCCUGAAGAGAUGAGGAUGAGUCAUCAAAGUGGGGCCAUUCAAAAUGUGUUGAAUCACAGAGCACUGGUAAUGCUAUACAUUCAAAAGUGUGACCAGAAAUGUCUGUACAUUUUAAUCCAGUACUUCCCUUCAAAUCAGAUGUACACUAGAAUCUUUCUUAAAUUUGUUAGCAUACAAAGUUAUUUUACUUAGAGUAAAAUAUCAGUCAAAUUUGUUAGCACACAUCAUUUUACAUAAAGUAAAUAUCUGUCCGACUUAAUUGGACAAAUACGCAAGUGUUCAUGCACUGUUUUUAGAAAUGUUCUGACGUUAUGACUGAGAAACUAGCCGAUCUUUUAUAAAACCAAAGGUACUCUUGUUUUACUCAUCUGUAAACCAGCUGUCCUUGCCUGGUCUUAUGAUGCGAGUGGCAUGGAACUGCAAAAUGCUUUCCUUCCAAAAAAACAUUUGCUGUGAUGAUGGGCUCUUUUCAGUAAUGAUUUGUGACUAUGCAAAAUAGCAGGUUAACUCUGUUUCUUGUUGGAUUCUUUCAGGCUGUCUGUCUAGCCGCUCUCACUUUUGAUUUUGGGUUCUUAAUUUGGGUCAUAUAAGUUUAUUGUUUACAGUUUUAGACUGGUUUAUUGUGUGUUCUGAAUCAUUUACUGAAAGAGCUGCUUCAUCCCUAUUAGGAAGGUUUCUCCUCUGCUCUGCUGCAACAUUUAAUGAUUGAGUAUGAAGCACUUGGAUAUAAUGACUGGUUUAAUUUCUGGUGAUAUUUCUAUUCUACCUGUUCUUUUUCAAAAUAAAUAUGUUUAUAUGGU